CGCUCACUGUGGGCACCGAUCGGCUCCUCCGCCUCCUCGACGAACGCCUGCAGCUCCUUGACGAGCUCCUUGACGUCCGCCUGCAGCGCCUUGAGGCGCGUCUUAAGCUCGUCGACGCGAGCCUGGCGAACAUCCUGCGGAUGAACUUGCUGGUCGUCAGCGCCGUUCAGUGCUGCGACGGAUGUGCGAGGGCAGCGGGGCCCAAGCCAGCGCGAGUGGCUGGCCCUGGGCGCGCGGGGCGUGCGCAGGCAGCCGUACGCGCACCGCAAUGCCGCAGCGGACUCGGCUUCCUGCCCGCCUCUCCGGGACGCACACUACUCACGAGCGAGACGAGCGACAUGAUGAGUGAGAUGAAGAGUAGAGAGGCGGGUGUUGAGGAUGGUGGUGGUAAGAAGCAGAGCUCGGCGCAGCACAUCAGCGGCUGGCUGGCCGGACACGCGGCGACGCGCGCCCGAAUUAGCAGCCCUCUGACCCCUGAGGGCCAAGAGUGGUCGACCUGCCUCGCACGGACGCUGCGAGACACCUGCCUCCUCAGACCAUGACGUGCGGCUAGACAGUGUGCACCGGUCAGGCCUUGUCAGUAACCAGCGCCCUGCCGAGCGUCGGUGGAGGCGGAUGCGGUCAUGCAACGUGGUCGCUGCGCCA